GCAAUGCAUGAAAAAAUAAUAAAAACAAAAACCAGCACCUGCAGUUGCAAUAACCCAUCAAAAUGUUCACUCGCCUAGUUUGCAUCAAUGAUUAUGAACAGCAUGCUAAAGCAAUACUUCAAAAGUCUGUAUAUGACUAUUACAGGUCUGGGGCAAAUGAUCAGGAAACCUUGGCUGAUAAUAUUGCAGCAUUUUCCAGAUGGAAGCUGUAUCCACGAAUACUCCGGAAUGUUGCUGAGAUAGACCUGUCGACUUCUGUUUUAGGACAGAGGGUCAGCAUGCCGAUAUGCAUUGGGGCCACUGCUAUGCAGUGCAUGGCUCAUGUGGAUGGGGAGCUUGCAACUGUGAGAGCCUGCAGAUCCCUGGGAACUGGCAUGAUGCUGAGUUCCUGGGCCACCUCCUCAAUUGAAGAAGUGGCAGAGGCUGGUCCCGAGGCGCUUCGGUGGAUGCAGCUGUACAUCUACAAGGACCGUGAGGUCACCCGGCAGAUAGUGCAGCGGGCUGAGCAAAGGGGCUACAAGGCCAUAUUUGUGACAGUGGACACCCCUUACCUGGGCAACCGCUUGGAUGAUGUGCGUAACAGAUUCAAGCUGCCACCACAACUCAGGAUGAAAAAUUUUGAAACCAGUGCUUUAGCAUUCUCUCCUAAGGAAAAUUUUGGAAACAACAGUGGACUUGCUACAUAUGUGGCAAGAGCAAUAGACCCAUCUAUCAGCUGGGAAGAUAUUAAAUGGCUGAGAAGACUGACUUCACUGCCGAUUGUUGCAAAGGGCAUUCUGAGAGGUGAUGAUGCAAAGGAAGCAGUUAAACAUGGUUUGGACGGGAUCUUGGUGUCCAAUCAUGGGGCUCGACAACUUGAUGGGGUGCCAGCCACUAUUGAUGCUCUGCCAGAAAUUGUGGAGGCAGUGGAAGGAAAGGUGGAAGUCUUUCUAGAUGGGGGUGUGCGGAAAGGCACUGAUGUCUUGAAAGCUCUGGCUCUGGGUGCCAAGGCUGUGUUUGUGGGGAGACCCAUCAUAUGGGGCUUAGCUCUCCAGGGGGAGAAAGGUGUCCAAGAUGUCCUUGAGAUACUGAAGGAAGAAUUCCAUUUGGCCAUGGCUCUGAGUGGGUGCCAGAAUGUGAAAGUCAUCGACAAGACAUUGGUGAGAAAAAAUCCUUUGGCUGUUUCCAAGAUCUGACAGUGCACAAUAUUUUCCCAUCUGUAUUAUUUUUUUUCAGCAUGUAUUACUUGACAAAGAGACACUGUGCAGAAAGUGACCACAGCCUGUAAUUCCCCACUUCGAUACAAAGGGUGUCGUUCUUCUCAACAAAAUAGCAAUCCCUUUCAGUUCAUUGCUUUUGACUUUUCAAUCGGUGUCCCAGGAACCUUUUAGAAAGAAAUGGACUUGCAUCCUGGAAAUAUAUCAACUGUUAAAAAGAAAACAUUGAAAAUGUGCUUAGAAAACGUCAUCCCCUGGCAGGCUAAAGGGCUGGAAAAGAAAAGAUAUCCUUUGGU